GGGAGACCGACGGCCGCCAGCAUCAUCAUCAUGAAGUCCUUGGCCGUCCUGGCGCUGCUCACCUGUGCGGUCCGCGCCGGCCCGCUGGGGCGGAGACGGGGCUGCCCGUCGGCGUGCGACCCCUCACAGUGCCCGGCGCUGCCGCACGCCUGCUUCUACGGGCGGGCGAGGGACGGCUGCGGCUGCUGCGUGGUGUGCGCGGCCGGGGAGGGCGAGGCGUGCAGAGGUGACGGCGGAAGCCCCCCCUGUGGCGACGGGCUGAGGUGUGACUCGGUGCAGGGGCUUCCCAGCGCCUGCGUGUGCGUCACCUCCGGCCCGGUGUGCGGCAGCGACGGCAGGACCUACCCGAGCGUCUGCCGGCUGACGGCGGAGAACCGCAGGGCCGAGGUGGGACAGACCCCGCCCGUCAUCCUGAUCCAGAGGGGCUGGUGUGACUCAGGGACGCAGCAUCCAGGAAGCAUGCGCUACAAGUUCAACUUCAUCGCAGAUGUGGUGGAUAAAAUUGUGCCAGCUGUGGUGCAUCUGGAGCUUUUCCAAAGGGUGCCGUUUUCCGGAGAGGAGGUCUCGGUGUCGAGCGGCUCGGGGUUUGUGGUGUCGGAGGACGGCUGGAUCGUCACCAACGCUCACGUACUCGCCAACAAGCAGCGGAUAAAAGUGGAGCUGAAGAGCGGCGUGCACUACGACGCCAGCGUCAAGGACGUGGAUCAAAAGACGGACAUCGCCCUCAUCAAAAUCGAGCCCGAUGGCCCCCUGCCCGUCCUGCGGCUCGGUCAGUCCUCCGACCUGCGACCGGGCGAGUUCGUGGUGGCGGUGGGAAGCCCCUUCUCCCUGCAGAACACCGUCACCACCGGGAUCGUCAGCACCGCCCAUCGCAACGGGAUGGAGCUGGGCUUCACCGACUCCGACAUGGACUACAUCCAAACCGACGCCAUCAUAAACUUCGGCAACUCUGGAGGACCUCUUGUCAACUUGGAUGGAGACGUAAUCGGUAUCAAUACUCUGAAAGUGACUGCAGGAAUAUCUUUUGCCAUCCCUGUGGACAGAAUACGCCGCUUUCUUGCUGAAUCCUACAACAGACAAGUCAGUGGGAAAUCGACGACCAAGAAGAAAAUGAUCGGCGUCCGGAUGAUGCCGCUCACUCCGUCCCUGAUCAAGGAUUUCAAGACACGUGAGCCUGAAUUUCCAGACGUGAGCUCAGGAGUUUACAUCUAUGAGGUGCUUCCUGGAACAGCCGCCUCCAGCGCCGGCAUGAUGAAUCAUGACGUGAUUGUCAGCAUCAACAAACGGGCCGUGCACACCACGCAGGACGUGACGGACGCCGUCCAGAGCGGCACGGCGCUCUCCGUGCUGGUGAGACGAAAGGACGGAGACGUUACCCUAACUAUCGUUCCUGAGGAGUUGGACUGAUCCCGCCCACGGCCAGAGGUUGAGCCAGAUGUGGCUCAAAACCUUCACCAGACUUUACCGAUGUCAGGGACACCGUGUGAGAUGAGACUGAUCCGAUUCUCCUGUUUGGUGCCUGAAAGGGCUGCAGAAAAACUGAAAUGCAGCAGGACUGUGACUCACAUAUCUCAUUAUUAGCUUAUUAAUAAUAAAAAAAAAUGGAUUCAAUAUCAUCCACUUCCUUUCAGCUGAGCCAUGGGCAAGUCUGAGAACCCAAACAAUCAAGAAAUCUGUCACUGUAGUUGGGGUGUGACAUCUGGUGGAUGAUAUUUACUGCUGAGUGAAUUCAUCUUUCAUCAUUAGGAAGCAUUCAUCCUUCACUUUCCCAUCUCUGCCCAGCAUGAAAGCCUUAUUUGACCCCCAGUUCCAAUCAUUUCACGCACAAACCAACAACCUGUUUCAAAGAGACGCUGGUUUCUUUGCAUUUUAUGCAACUGGUCAAAAUUCAAAGCGAAGAAGAGUCAGACCAACGCGCAGCAUGGUAAUGUACUCUUAUGAAGGAAGUGAUUGAAAUACCAUUCAAUCCAAAUAAACCACGACAACCACAUUCCUCCAGGGACAUAUUGAACAGCGCUGGUUAAAGAGUUGCAGUUUUUCAAUCUGUUCCCACCAUUCUACGGCAACUACUGUUCUGCAGCAGCAUAUGGUUCCAGAAUCAUCUGCAGGCACCACCAUGAAGUAUUUUCUAAGAUGUCGACGGCGUUUUCCAGUGAUUCAAGUCAAGCGGACACACUGACUGCUUCUUUCAGCCUCACCGACAGCCUGAGCUCAGCUCCGACUUCAGGAACCACAAACAUUUUUUUGUAUGAUCAAGUAUUUUACAGUAAAUCAGAAACUGGACAUGAAUGUCUGAGCUAACUUCCACGACCAUCCAUUGAAUAUUUUGUGUGAAAGAUGAGGAAGGAGUCAACAGUUCAUCAUGAUCAUUAGAAUUCCUGCUUUUCAUUCAUUUCCCUGUAGUCGCCGUCUUUCUUUUAUCAGAGGGCUUUAAGUCCGAAAGGUCUACCGCAGACUCUUCUUUCAGCCUCAUGAAUGAAUGAGCCUCACCAAACUUGACCUCAGGUUGGGCUUCACAUCGACAUUUAUGGAUCAACUCAGUAUUCUGCAGUUUAUCUAGAAGGAAACAUGAAUGUCUGAGCUAAACGUUUCAGUCAUUCAUUGAAUAUUUCUUAAGAAAGAUGAGAAAAAGUCAGCAGUUCAUCGAAGCCAUUAGAAUUUCCCCCAUUCUGUUUUUAUCCUGUUUGUUUGAUCGACACUAUCCUGGCCACACGUUUAUGAAAUGCUCCCUUAUGAAUGGAUCAGCUCUCCCAAAAAGCGUUCAUCUGCCAUAGAACUGUCUGAAUGUCAAAGGUUUUGGAAAACUACCACAGAAGAAAUGGUACCAGUAUUUUCUAAAAGGAAAAGACUCAUUUCUGAUCCUCUGUUUGGUAUUAUAAAGUUCACAUGUGACAGCUGGGUCACCUCAAAUGUAUGUGGAUGGCUGAAUAGUUUGCAUGUUCUGGCAUCAGUGAUAAGAGUCUUAGGAACGUUUCAAGUGAAAACGUAUGGUGUUUACCCAAAAACGUUUUGAAAAUGAAGCUCAUUUACAAAGAAACAGCAGAAACACUGAAAAACGAUGUAGUUCACAUAUAGAGCCAUGAGUGGGUGCAGUAAUGUGACCCAGUUCUGAUCUGCUUUUCAAUCAUUUAAGCAGGAAAAAGAUUCAUGCAUUCAGAUAUUUAAAGAUUGGAUACAGGCCUCAUUCAUAUGUAGAAAAAAAAUGUGAUAUGUGAUGGAUAUCUGCCAAUGUGACCGCCGAGUAACCAGGCUGAUCAGACGUUAACAUUGUGUCUCUAACAUCAGACCUGCCACCAUCUAGUUUAUUUUGUUGCAUCGUGAACAUGUGGUGAAGUAUGGAGGCUGUUGGACAGGAGGAAAAUCCAGUACAGUGGUCAGCUGAAGAGGUCACAUGACUUCUAGGUCUUCGGGAAAAGCAGGAAACAGCUGCAGCGUAUCUAUAAGACACAGCUCAGGCCCUUUUUCUCCCUUACUGCCUAAAAAUCCAGAGAACGUUUGGCAAACAUCUCAUGCUCUGAAACAUUUACAUCAAACAUUUUUCAUUCGUUUUUACAUUUUGUCUUCUCAGAAUCGUACACUGGUCACUUGAUAAAACAUGCAUAUGUGCACAGCUACUUUUUCUUCGGAUUUAGGCAGGAAAUGGAGCCUUCGUUCACGUGCUGAUUGUUCCAAUUCACACUGUCCAUUUGAACUUGUUUUCCAUUGAUCUGUUUCCUCUUCUGAGUGGAACGUCUGAGCCAACUUCCAGAUGUUUCCAGCAUGCACACUUCUUCUCCUGCAGAGAGUCUGGACCUGCUGAACCAGAACUCAGAGGCUGGUGGUCUUCUCUCAGUGAGGAGGUCUGGUGCUGCGUGCCUUCGCCUGCAGCCUGACCUCGAUACAAACAGUAUUAAAGGUGGAAGGACGGACAAACAGCCAAGGGAAGAACCUCCCAGUAACCGACAGACAGAGUGAUACUUACCUUCUGGAUGUGAGUUUAUUUUCUGCUCAGACCGCUUCACCUCAGUGCCACACACUUCAUAGAUACACUGAAGUUCAGACGAAGUA